GUCAAGGUGGACUUGACGCAGUCGAUGACGCUGUCGCAGAGCACGCCCGAGCUCAUCAACAUCGAGGAUGCCACGGUGAAGCACGAGGACGUUGCUCAGACCUCUGGAGCCACUGAAGACGAGGAGAGCAUUGUUGAGGAAGAGCAGGAGCAGGGCCAGGUGCCGAUUGAGCCCGUAGCUGCGGAGCCUGUCGUUGACGCGGCCCCCGCACCUGAAGCACUGGCGUCGCCGAAGAGCCCCAACGCACCGCCCGCUUCGUGGGAGGCGAUCACGUCCAGUCCGGUGGUGAAGGCGACUCCUGCCGAAGAGACUGCGACUCCGUUGUCGCUCGACGACACUCCGACCGAAAGUGCUGAGACCACUGAAUCUCUUUCGAUCAACGUUCCUGCCGAGAACGCCGAGGCUGCUGCCGAGGACAAGGGCGCGAGCUCUCCUGUCAGCAGCGGCGGCUCUUCGCCUGGCAAGCGCAACCGCAACCGGUCAAAGAAGUCCAAGAGCAAGAAGAAGAAAGGCAAGAAGAAAUUCAAGGCUUAAUCGCACGUGACCGAGCGCUGCCCGACCUUGAUUCUGCCCUGCGGAUCUCGCUCGGUGCAUGUAAUUAGUUUCUUUUUAAUAUAGCGGCUGUGCGCCUUACUUUGCAG